AUGGACCUUCCCGAGCUCCCGGGUCCCAGAAAGUUCCGGCUACCCCCGCGGCCCCCGGCCCGCCCCUGCCACCGCCCUCGCCGCCCCCGGGACCUGGCGCUGCUGGCGGCCAUGCUGGGGUCGCUGCUGGCCCUCGCCGCCCGGGGCUACGUGGGCUCCAGAGAGACCCAGACCGAAGGGCCGCGGGAGUCGGCCGUGACACGGAGGAAGACUAUGUUCUUCUUCUCCGCUCUGGACGUGAAUAGGGACAUGUACAUUAGCGCCGAGGAGUUCAAGCCCAUUGCUGAGAUGCUGAGAGUGAUAAAGCCUCUCACUGACUUUGAGAAGGCCCAGGAGCUGAUGAAGGAAGAGAAGUCCUCUCUCGAGGAGAAGUUGACUGUAGUAGCUCGAUUCCAGCCUCUGCUACUAGAUACCAUGUCAAACAGUAAAAGUGGUUUCAAAGAAAUUUCUGACAUUAUUCUUUCUGGGCUAAAAAACUGGACAAACCCUGCACUAUCAUCCAAUGUGUUCUCUGCCAGCCAAUUCAAAGCUUUCUUGCCCCCACGGAAUGACAUGGAGUUGGGUGAGGUCUGGUGGAUCAUUCCAGACAUGAUGAUUAAUAAGACAUGUGCAUACCUCUCUGACCACCGCUUCUAUCCACCACCUCCCAAAGGCAAAGAGGUCAUCAUCCACAGACUGCUGAGCAUGUUCCAUCCAAGGCCCUUUGUGAAGACCCGCUUUGGGCCCCAGGGUGCAGUGGCCUGCCUCACAGCCAUCAGUGACUCCUAUUAUACUGUGAUUUUCAGGAUUCAUGCAGAAUUCCAACUAAACCAACCACUCCAUUACCCUUUCUGGUUCUGUCCAAGCCAGUUCACUGGACACAUCAUCCUCUCCAAAGAUAGCAGCCAUGUCCAAGAUUUCAAGCUCUUUGUACCCAAUGAAAGGUCUCUGAAUGUGGGUUUGCAGUGGUUGCACGGAUCCCUGAGGAAUCCAAAUGUGGAUCAUGGUUAUCUUCCUCAGAUGGAGCUAGAGGCCUCUGGCCCUUCAAUGCCAUCUAGCAUCCAGGAUGACAAGAGUAAUGAAACUGACAGCUGUCUGCCCUCAGAGGAGGCUGUCCAGUUUAAAAUGGAGGAUAUUCUGUGGCAGCAGGAGCUGAGCAGGGAAGAAGCUGCCCAGCAGCUCGAAAGGGCUAUGUAUGACUUCAAGAAGGUCCAGUAUUUACCUUUCACCAAAGCUUUUGACAGAGCUAGAGCUGAGAAGAAGCUGGUGCAUUCAGUCAUUUUGUGGGGAGCUCUAGAUGACCAGUCUUGCUGAGGUUCAGGGCACACUCUUCGGAAUAUUGUCCUGAAAAAUUCAUCAAUACUCGCCCUUCUUAAUGAGAAAUUCAUCAACACUUGGUCUCUUUUUGGAGACUUACAAGAGAUACUGAAUGAAGAGAACAAAUUCUAUAAGAAGCUGGCUCAACUGCAUUUGGAGAAAUACGAGUUCCCUGUAGAAUCACUGGUCUGCCUACCCAAUGGAACAGUGGUCAACAACAUCCAUGCUAACAAGUUCUUGUUCAAGGUUCCUGAAAGACAUCAUGAAAAGAAAAAAGUCUUAGCCUUCUACUCUCCUAUAUCCUUGAAAUCUCCAGAGAUCUAUGAAGAAUUUCUAAGAGAAGGACUCCUCAGAGCUCAGGUCUUCCUCCAGCCCUAAAGCCCCAGACUAUAGGAAUUGGGGACUUGAUUCUCUAAUCAAGAUCUGGCAUUUCCUCACCUAUACAACAAGAAAUGUAGAUGUGACCCUAAAGUCAAAGUGGUCUUUGGUACAUUUCAAGAUCACUGUUUGUUAUCUGUCUACUAAGAAGCAACCAAUAUCACCCCCUUGGAAAACUGUAAUAAUGACCAAAGAUUCCAUGUUUUAGGCUCCCUUCUACAAUUCAACAUCUGUGAUAAUAGUACCUAAAAGUAGCAGAUUUCCUUCUGGCCAUAUGACUAGGGUUGCUGUAACCUCAAAGAAACUCCGUGUGAGCUUAGAAACCAUGAAUAUUUUUUUAAGGGAGAACCAAAUUGUCUUUUGCUUCUUGAUCAAAACCUUAUUCUCCAACCUCCCCCUGGGCCACUUCUAGUCCAUCCACAGAGAGGGUGACCAAGACCAGUACAUAUCUGCAGCCUCAUUAUGUAUAUGUAAAAUAUAAUUAAUUGAAUUUAAUAUUCCACACAGUCUGGAGAUAUUUUUGAUAGCUCCACACCGAGUAGGAGAGAUUCUAUUUCCUCCCAGCGACUAUGCCUUAUGAUGGCUGGAUCUUAAAUCCCAGAUGGAUCAAGCUUGAUAUCUUCACAGUCUCAACUGGGGGGAAAAGUUCCCUCUUCUCUUGAUUAGGAUGCUAAAGCAUUCUUUUUUGUGGAAAAAAAUGUUAAGAUAUAAGUUCCCUGCUAUCAUUUCAGUCUGCUUACUUUCACCAAGUAGAGUUAGUCUUAUUCCUUAGUCCAAGUAUCAAAUGGCAGUCCUAGUAAACAGUCUAGUGACUUUUCUCUGGCUGGAGAAUUUCUCCUUUUUUGUAAAAUCUGGUGAGGGACUUAUAUUGAAUAGAAGAAACACUGCAGUUUCCAUGGCCAGAACUGAUGCCUUUGAAUGUUCACCUCCCUCUCAGGAGAAUUUUAUUUCAUUUGCAUUGAAAAUUAUUUGAUGGUAAAAA